AUGCUUAAUGAAAAUGAAAAUAUUUCACAAAGUGUUUCAACAAAGAAAGACGUGGACAAGCAAAAUCAUACAAAACUUAUUAUUGAUCGAAUAAACGGAACUUUACUAUCAAUUCUUGCUACAAAUACUCCAACUACAAAUAGCUUCGAUUGGCCAGUUGUUCUAACUAAUUUUAGAAAGAAAAAGAAUCAGAUUCAACAUGAUUUAGGAUGGGAAGAAUUUUUUUUAAGAAUCAAUCAUUCUAAAAUGAUAUAUUUGAAAACUGCAGAAAUGGAUGAAAAGAAAAGAAAGAAGGCGAUUAAUGAACUAAUCAAGCAACCAAUUCUUUCAAAGAGCAAAGCUAACACAUAUAAUGGAAAUGAGUUUUCACAAUGGAAGAAGUUUCAUCAAUUAAGUGUUUUAUUUUUUUGA